AUGCGUUACGCUCUGUUGGCCAGCCUCGUCAUUGGCGCGACCAUCACGGUCUCUGCCCACCCUGCCCACCAGCACAACACUGCCUACAAGAACGGCCUCAACAAGCGUUCUGUGGACUUGAACCAGUACCGUACCAACGCCAACUCGGUGUACAAGUCGUCCAAUGCCACCUCGACCAACGAGUCUCUCACGGCCUUGAAGCGCUCUGACUACGUUCAGACCGCAACCGAGUUGGUCAAGAGCGUCCACGCCGGUGCCGAGUUCCGCGUCGCCAACAGCUAUAUCGGCACCAACGGCGUCGGCCACGUCUACUUCAAGCAAACCAUUCACGGCCUUGAUGUGGACAACUCUGACUUCAAUGUCAACAUCGCUAAGGACGGAUCCGUUUUCUCGUACGGUAACAACUUCUACACCGGAGAGAUCCCGGCCGAGAGCCCCUUGAGAAAGCGUGACUUCGUGGACCCUGCCGCCGCCCUGACUGGUGCAACCAGCAUCCUGUCCCUGCCUGUGACUGGUGAGGCCACCGCCGAGGCUCUUGAGGCCCCUGAGUCAUAUGUCCUGAAGGGCACUUCUGGUGCCGAGAAGGACCCCGAGGCCCGCUUGAUGUACUUUGUCAAGCAGGAUGGUACUCUGGCUCUGACCUGGCGAGUCGAGACUGAUAUCCUCGACAACUGGCUGCUCACUUACGUUGAUGCCGCCACCAACGAGGCUGUUCACGGUGUUGUCGAUUACGUCGCUGAGGCCACCUACCAGGUCUUCCCCUGGGGCUGCAAUGACCCGAAUGACUGCAGUCGUACUACCGUCACCAACCCCUGGGACACUGAUGAGUCUCCCUUGGGCUGGCUGUCAGACGGGACCAGCACAUACCACACCACCCGUGGUAACAAUGCCAUUGCUCAGGUCAACCCAGACGGUGGUAACCAGUACCUGAACAACUUCCGCCCAGCGAAUGCACAGGACAACUUCUCGUACCAGUGGACUGCGGCAUUGACUCCUCCGUCGACUUACCGCAAUGCCUCCGUUACGCAGCUUUUCUACACUGGUAACGAGUACCACGACCUUCUCUACACCCUGGGCUUCACUGAGGAGGCUGGCAACUUCCAGAACACCAACCAGAACAAGGGUGGUAAGGGUAGCGACUUCGCGAUCUUGAACGCUCAGGACGGUUCCGGCACCAAUAACGCCAACUUUGCCACUCCUCCCGAUGGCCAGCCUGGUCGCAUGAGGAUGUACAUCUGGACCACGGCUACUCCUAACAGAGAUUGCUCUUUCGAGGCCGGUGUUGUAAUCCACGAGUACACCCACGGUCUCUCGACCCGUCUCACUGGUGGUCCCGCUAACUCCAACUGCCUGAACGCCCUUGAGUCCGGUGGUAUGGGUGAGGGUUGGGGUGACUUCAUGGCUACCGCCAUCCGCCUAAAGGCUAGCGACACCCGCAACACCAACUACCCCAUGGGUGCCUGGGUCUACAACAACCCCAAGGGUAUCCGUUCCGUCCUGUUCUCCACCAGCUUGACGACCAACCCCAACACCUACACUACCCUCAACAGCAAGAACGAGGUCCACGACAUCGGUGAGACCUGGACCACGAUGCUGUACGAGGUCAUGUGGAACCUGAUCGACAAGCACGGCAAGAACACCGGUGCCCGUCCGACUUUCGAUGCCAACGGUGUCCCCACUGAUGGCAAGUUCUUGACCAUGAAGCUCGUUGUUGACGCUAUGGCUCUGCAACCUUGCAACCCCAACUUUAUCGACGCUCGCGACGCCAUCCUCGAUGCUGACAAGGCUCUUACCGGUGGUGACAACGCCUGUGAGAUCUGGACCGCCUUCGCCAAGCGUGGCCUUGGCCAGGGUGCCAAGUACGCCUCCAAGAGCCGUACCGGCAGCACUGUCAUCCCCUCCGGUGUCUGCUAA